CGUAUGGAUACUUCUAAGAAAGAAGUAAAUGCCAAGGCCUACUUUACUAUUAUAAUCUUUCUACGCCAUUGGAGUAAAAACUAGCCAUAAAGUUUCAAUCGAAUUAAAUAAAAACAGGUAAUUAACAUUUUUGUUGUUGAAAAUCUUCAAAUUUAAUAACUUAAAAUUGUUGGGGCUUGGCACUUGGUUUGUUAGUUAGUACACUGGUGGACGUGGAUAUCUUUUUUUUUCAUGCCCUACCUAAGACCUACUAAAACUACGACUACGUCUAAGCGAAGUAGGCGUAGGCUACUAUUAUAAUUACUACUUACUAUGCCCCUGUCCAUGUUGAUUGAUGGAUGGCUAGGCCUACAAGUUACACAUUUACUAAGUUAUUUCUACUUAGACUAGGCACUACUCUACAGUGAUGACUGCUACUUGUUACUAAUGAAUAUUUAGUACUAUUUUUAUUAAAUAGAAUGUUGCCAGUUGCAAAUGAGUGAUUGCUCUGUCUCUCCCCCCCCCCCCCCCCCCCACCUUUCCAACUUACCACAAACCCCCCUGCCCCCCCCCCCCUUAGUGUUAAGUCACACCUAAAAAAAUUCAAAAAUACAUACAAUUUUCAUAACUAAACUAAGAUUUUAUUGUAUUCUUUAACAUUUUCCCAUAAUGGAUUAAGAUGUAGUAUUAGUAUUAUUGGUAAACUGUUACAACAGUGAAGUCCUCCCCGAGCAGAAUGUAAAAGUAAAUUGGCCACAACAGUUUUUCCAUCAUUUUUCAAUAUGCGCAGAAGGUGCGAGCAACUGAGUUUCACGGUACUUAAAUACCUGAAGCAAUUUGGACCUCAAAUUAAUGUUUUAAAAUUAAUUGAAUAAAGAUUUUUCAAAAUUAGAAAGUUUUAGAUUUAAGGAAAAGGAAUAAAUUUGUGAUGUCACAAAUUCUCAGCCCCCCCCCCCGCGAAGCGUGGCGUAGUUUGCGAUCGACCCCUAAUUGAUUUUGACUUUACUGCCCCUUUUGAGUGUAAUAAAUUGUGUCAAAAUGUAUUCAGUUCAGUGAAAUUAUACCGGUAUUGAAAACUGUAAGUUGGGUUUUCAUUUGUUUAUAUUUACUAUUUAUUUCCAAUAAUUUUUACGCCUUUUCAGAAUUUUAAGUGCUCAGUUUGUAGAUUUUAACCCCCAACUAAAUAUAUCCCUAAAUAUAUUCAAUAUUUUUUUAACAAUUUGUGGCUAAUGUCACAGGAUAGCAUGUAAAUACGAGUGGUGCUCAAAAUGGUGUCAAAUACUCAUACCUUACUAUUAUAAUAACUAUGCAAAUUUACCAAGACCAAAAAUUGAAUUCCAACAUCGAGGUUUUGUUUUUAAAAAAACAUCAAGCUCAGGAUGACAGCAAAUAAUAAAAACAUAAUAAUUUCAAAUUCUUUAUUAAAAUUCACUAUAAACACCAAAUAUUGCCAUCUAAUUGUCUGAAUACACUUGUCACUUGUAUUUUAUUGCAGGGAUGUUGUUUGAAUGGAAGUUAGUUUGAACAGAAGUUUGUUGGGAACAAAAUUUUUUAAACUGAGAUUUUUGUUUAAAAAGUUUUUUUAAGGGAAGGUGUGAGUAAUAAAUGUGGGAAAUUUAAACUUUUUAAUAAUAUUUAUUUUUAUCAGUAUUUUUACCAUUAUUUCUGUUCAAACAAUCCUCUGUUGGAAUAAACUUCCGUUUGAACAUCAUAUCUUUGUAAUAAUUGGUUUUGAAAAAAUUGGUAUCAUACAUGCCUGAUACUUUUAACUAUUAACUUACCAUAAUUAACUGACACCUAAUUCAAUUUUCUCGAAAUCUUUUUAAUAUUUUAAUUUUUUUUUUUGUUUUAAAGGAAGCAUGUCUAAAGUGAUGAAAGGAAAGUUAAAGGCUGAAGAUGAGCGAAGAAUUCGACAAAAUUUCGUUUACUUGAAGGAAGAAAUUGAUGGAAAACACAUAGUUGAUCAUUUAUAUCAAAGAAAUGUCAUUUCUUUAGAUGAUAAAGAAGAGAUUGAUAGUCAAAUAACCAGAAGUCAGAGAACUGAAAAGCUGUUGACGAUAUUGCUAAAUGCAGGGCCUGGAGCAGCCUAUCAAGUGUUUUAUGAUGCAUUGGAGGAACAGUACAAUCAUGUAGCUAAAGUCUUAAAAGAUACACCUAUGCAAGACCUUAAUGAAGCCAGAGAGGAAGAACUAUGUUAGUAAGUUUUUUUUUUCUCAUUUAAAUGGAAAAUAUGUUUGUUAAAAAAUUUUCCUCUUCUAUAAAUAUUAAAAACCACUUAGGCUCAUUUAUUGUUGUACUACGAUACUUGAACUAAGUUCAUUAUCAAACACUUUGACUGAAACUCUUUUGUAAUUUCUUUGAUAAAGAAUUUUAAGUUUGACAUAUAUUUACAAAUAAAAAAUAUCAUGAUCUUAGUGCAGAAUGAUUUAGAAAAUAAUAAUAAGUAUGAUAUUUUAUUUAUCAUUUUAAUAUAUUUAUUUAUAAAUAUUUAUAUUUUUUUUAUCUAUCCAUAGAUGAUUGGUUUGAUAAACUUCCAGAUAGUUUUAAGAAAUCUGAGACUACAGAUGCUGCUCUAAGCCGUCUGGCCACAUGUUUUGGAAAAAAUUGGGAAAGUUUAAUGCUCAUCUUAGGCCAUAAGCAACCUGUGAUUGAAAUUGAAAUGCAAAAUUGUGGCCAUAAUGGACGCCGCGCGAUCACAGGACUGCUUAUAAAAUGGCACCAGCGUCUUUCAUCACGUGCAACCUAUGAGGCCUUUAUUAUAAGUCUAAAGGCGGUGUUUGAGGUCAGCAUUGAUAAUGUUGGAUUAAGAAAAAUUAUUAUGUCUGAAUAUGAAGCAUAUAAAUCUACAGCUUCAACAGACGUCAAAGCUGUUGAGCAAUCUAGCAGUAGAUGAAAUAUAAAAUUAACUUUGAAUUUUACACUUUGUAUUUAAAAUGUAUGCAUUAUUUUAAUGAAAAUUUAUUACUGACAUUUUAUCAUUUAAUUUUAUUUUUAAUUAUAAACAGUGCCAUGGCAUAAGCUAUGAUGUGUGAUACAUAUUUGCUAUUAUAAAGCAGAAUAUUAGAUGUGCGAGUUUAACAAAUUAUUUUAAGUACAAAGUAUUUUUUUUUAAACAAUGUUAUUUUAAAACAUGUUAUCUGAUAAAAAUAUGUGUUAUAAGUGCCAUAAAAAUGUUGUUGUUUUUUUCAAUAAAAGAAAGAAGAAAAAAAAGAACAAACAUCUUGUCUAAAAUCCUUUAUUUGCAUUCAAAAAAAAUCAAUAUGUAUUCUGCCUUAGAGUUUAAUAUAAAGAUCCAUUUUGUUAUUUCUCAUAUUAAGUUUUUGCUUUAUUUAAGUAAUACUUAUAAUUAUAUAAAUUUGUAAUCUAUAAGUUUAAAAUGAUCAGUGUGAUGCUUGUUAGUUUUUGCAAUUUAAUUUAAUAUGAUGUACACAUUGUUUGUUACUACACUCAUUUUCUGAUGCUUUAUUUUUAAUAUAACAUGAAUCACCCAUAAUCAUUGUAAUGAAACUUAGAAUGUUAUUGGAUGAUUGGAUGUGUUGUUUUUUUUUUCUUUACCUGUGCCCUCAGAAUAAACCUAACAUGACUUUAAUGAAGAUUAAAUUUAUUGUUUGCAUUCUAAAGGCAUUUUCUACUUUAUCAUCUCUUUAUAUCUGCUACCGGUACUUCUGAAAAUAUUUAGUAGAGAAAUAGAGUAAAAUAAACAUCAUGUAAUUGUCACUGUUGGGGUCAUAGGUUGGUUCUACU